AUGGAGUCUUCCAACGGUACAAAUGGCCGAGCAACCUUGGCAACCAACGCCCAGCCGCAAACGUGGAACGCGCAAGCGUUGCUAGCCCCUCGUUCGUACGCAGCUUCCUCAACAGGCGUGAGGCGAAACUCUCCCAAAUCACAAUCAUUAGCGAGUCGAACGGCCCCGACAAACCACAACAACACCAACAACGCGGUUGUUUUCCAGUUUGCGAGUCCGAAUGAUACACCCAGCGAAUCUAUGACACCCGUUAUGGCUUCAGGCGCGUCAACGCCAGGCUACGAUGGCGGUGUUCCACCUUACGGCAUGGGUAAUGUUAUUGAGCGAAUGAACAACGUCCAGGAUCGCGCCUCCGCGCCUCAGCCUAAACGCAGAAAAUUCGAUACGCCGGAGUCUGAUGCUGACAACAAGAAGGUCAUGUCAGCUGGGGGCAGCGGCAUGCUUGGCGCUUAUGUCAAGGAAAGACAAGAACAAGGCAAGAGCGAGAAUUCAAAAGUCUCCACCCAGACCGUCGACCUGACAGGAGGUGACGAUGAUGUGGUCAUGGUUGAGAACCCUGGCAACGAAGAGGUUUGCUACGGCAUGCUCACCGGUCACCUGGAUUGCCACAAGGUACCAUCUGCGAAGCCAGGCACUCAGAGUAUUUUCGGAGCGGACUACAUGCCACCGGUGAAGAUUGUUCUUAAGAGGAUGACCGGAGACUCGACCAAACGAGUCCAGGCCUACGACCAUACUAGAGAUAUUAUUGGAAAUGUGGACGCCGCGACAGCCAGUGGUCUAGUCCCCUUGUUGGAUUCCAACGUACGCCUCAGAACAGACUGCAAAAUCCCCGCGCGGAGAAAGCUGCCCGACGAACAGCCGGGCAAGCCAAUUUCACGAUCAUAUCCUGUGGAGAUGACACUCUACGGCCAGUAUAAAUUCGCCAGAGCUGUCGGCAAGCACUUCCAGAGAUUCAACAUCACCCUUCGUCACCCUAACAGAGUUGACAAGGGCAUUCGUUAUGAAAAUGUUCAUGCCGAAGCCAAGCCAGCUACGACUGCCCCUAGAUCUCUUUCGGGAGCGCUGGCUCACUAUAACCCACAGUCAUCCACCACUUACUACACAAAUGCGACUCCUCGUACCGUGGAAGAGAUCCGAUCAGAUGUCAUGGGUGUCUUUGAUUCUAUGGGCAACAGCGACGAGCUUCCAGAGCUCGAUCCAUCCCCUAUUGUCACCACUGAACUUCUCAAGCACCAAAAACAAGGUCUUUACUUCAUGACAACGAGGGAGAAGACAUCAAGUGCCGAGGAGAGAACCAAAGGCACCAUGUGGCAGGUCCGAAUCGGACCUAAUGGUCAAAAGUCCUAUUACAAUGUUAUUACAGGUCACGCAGAGCGACAGCUUCCAAGCGAUACUCAUGGCGGCAUCCUUGCCGACAUGAUGGGCUUGGGUAAAACGUUGAGUGUCCUCUCGCUCAUUGCUUCUUCUUUGGGCCAGGCCAGCGAAUGGGCAGGUCGAACACCUGUCCAGCCUGAGAUGCCACCUCAGAAGGCAGGAGGUAAAGCGGCUGCCUCAAGCACUUUGCCGCUGACCAACAUCUCGAAAAAUUCAAGGGCGACGCUGUUAGUUUGCCCCCUGAGCACAGUCACAAACUGGGAGGAGCAGAUUAAACAGCAUAUCGCCCCGGGCAAAUUGACUUAUUACAUAUACCAUGGUUCAAAUAGAAUCAAAGAGGUUGAAAAGCUGGCCGAUUUUGACCUUGUCAUCACCACCUACGGCUCUGUUUCGAGCGAACUUGGCGCCCGCAGCAAACGCAAGUCCGGCAAAUACCCCCUGGAGGAAAUAGGCUGGUUUCGCAUCGUUCUCGAUGAGGCGCACAUGAUUCGUGAAGUGGCAACUCUUCAGUUCAAGGCCAUCGUUCGUCUCCAGGCUUCCCGGCGUUGGGCAGUCACGGGAACUCCUGUUCAGAACCGCCUGGAGGAUUUGGCUGCCCUGCUUCAGUUCAUCCGACUCAAACCCUUUGAUGACCGCAACAAGUUUAACCGAUUCAUCGUAGACCCAUUCAAGGCGUGUGAUACAGAAAUUGUGCCGAAACUUCGGGUUCUGGUAGACAGUGUCACGCUCCGCCGUCUUAAGGACAAAAUUAACCUUCCCCCACGGAGCGAUCACAUUGUCAAGCUUGACUUCACGCCGGAGGAGCGGGAGGUUUAUGAUCUUUUUGAAAAGAACGCUCAAGAUCGUGUCAAGGUUCUAGCAGGAAACGGCGUGCAGCGAGCGCUGGGAGGGCACACUUACAUCCACAUUCUGCGAUCCAUCUUGCGGCUCCGACUUCUCUGUGCCCACGGCAAAGACCUACUCAAUGAAGAGGAUCUGGAGGCUCUUCAAGGAAUGACUGCUGACAUGGCUAUUGACCUGGACAGCGACGAUGAAGACAAGAAGCCUGGGCUGUCGGAUCGUAAGGCAUACGAAAUGUUCGAGCUUAUGCAGGAGACCAACUCAGACACGUGCAGCGCAUGUUCUAAGAAGUUGGGCACCAACGACGACGCCAGCAUCGAGUCAGAGGGACAAGAGGACAUUCUUGGCUACAUGACGCCUUGCUUCCACAUCAUCUGCGGUUCCUGCAUUAAGGGUGUCAAGGAGCAAGCCAAGCGGUUGCUGCCUCCUGGUCAGGCUAUGGGACCGUGCCCUAUCUGCUCUACCGUCAUCAAGCCUGCUUACGUGGACAUUCGUCGAUCACGAAUCAAGGUAGAGCACGAGGGUCCGGCGAAGGACAAGACCGCAACGAAUGGCCGCAAGAGCUUUGGAAAGUAUACCGGGCCGCAUACCAAGACGAGGGCGCUCGUCGAAGACCUGCUCAAAUCAAGAGCCGACAGUGAUGCGAACCCAGAAGAGCCGCCGUACAAAUCUGUUGUCUUCUCGACGUGGACCUCACAUCUUGACCUAAUCCAAAUGGCUCUCGACGCUCUCGGUAUCACGUAUGUCCGACUCGAUGGCAGCAUGUCGCGCGUGGCACGCACUCAGGCGAUGGAUACAUUCCGUGAGGAUGAUAGUGUUCAUGUCAUACUGGUGUCAAUUACGGCCGGCGGCCUUGGACUCAAUCUGACAGCCGGCAAUAACGUUUAUGUUAUGGAGCCUCAGUACAACCCGGCAGCGGAAGCCCAAGCCGUUGAUCGAGUCCACCGUCUUGGUCAGAAACGUCCGGUCCGCACGGUCAGAUACAUCAUGCGGAACAGUUUUGAGGAGAAGAUGCUUGAGUUGCAGGAAAAGAAGAACAAGCUUGCAAGUCUAAGCAUGGACAGAAAGGACAGAGUCUUUGACAAGAGUGAGGCAGCCCGGCAGCGGCUGAUGGACCUCCGAAGUCUCUUCAAGUAG